AUGUCGUCGCCGCCGGCAGAUGAUGAAGUUGUCGCCGUCGCCGAACGCAUCCUCACCAUGUUCGGCGACAGUGAGCGACGCGCUCGCGUUGCCUACCGCAAUCGCCGAGUUGCUUUCGAUUGGCACAUGGUAAAGGCAAUCGCCAUGCUCUCUUUGGCCAGCUUCCUCUUCCAGUUGGGCCUCGUCCUGAGCAACAUUCCUCUGGCCAACACUAUCCGCAACACUGUCUGCGACAAUGGUUUCGGCGCUGGCACUUCGAAUGCCCAGCCUGCUCUUUGCAUGUCUCCCGAUGUUCAGUACCAUGCACGUACAGUCAACAUCAUCAACCUUGUCCGCGGUUUGGCUUCUGUCAUUCCCGGUGAGUUUGGCCGUCCUCUCAGAACAACUUGUUGCCACAAUCAAAUUGUUGCUGGCGUUCUGGUCCAGACACUGAUCAACUUGGGUGUCAUCGUCGCCAAACAGUCUGUCCCCGACAUCCUUACUAGUAUCGUCUUGACUUUUGGCGGCGGUGUUGGAAUCGUCGAGGCAACGGUUUUUUCCAUCAUGUACGACGUCUGGAAGCGCGAGUGGCGUGGUAUCGCCUUCCAGCUGGCGUCCUGCUCCAUCCUGCUACCCCGACCCCUGGGAUCCAUGAUUGCUCGGCUCAUGAUGCAGUCUGGAGGACUUCAGUCUCCCUUGUGGACUGGAUCUCACCUCAUUGCCCUGGCAAUGUGCUUGGUCUUCCUACUGCCCAAGAUGCGCUUCCCCCCGCAGUUUGCCCAUCCCAUGGAGCCGCCUUCUGGAAUUCCGCGAGAUGCUUAUGCCGCCACCGAGGCACCCAGGUCCAUGCGUCACCAGCUGAAGAACUCUUGGCGCAUCUCAUGCAACUACCUCAAAUUCACCAAAGGCAUGGUUGAGAUUGUUCUGGUCGGCGUUCUUGUUCGACCCAUGGUUCCCGCUUCGAUGGGAAUUCUGGGCCAGUACAUCCAAGUACGUUAUGGCAAGGACGACACCGUGUUGUCCAAGCUGGACUUUCUUCAAGCUGUGGAGAUAUCUUCUGGUUUCAUGCUAGUCAUGCCCCUUUAUUUCCUAUCCUGGCCCACCCAGAACCCACUCAAACGAGACCUGUUUCUAGCCAAAGUGCUCAUCGGUUUGAUUCCCGUCGGCAUGAUGCUUACUGGCGUGGCAUCUUCCUUUGGCGUUGCCACAGCUGGUGUCGCUCUCACGGCUGCGGGCUUGCCUGUUGUCGGACUCAUCCGAGCAAGCAUGGCAAACAUGGUCCUGCGAGAGCACAUCUGCGCACUCUUCUGUCUCAUGGCCGUCAUUGAGCAGCUGGCUAUCGUCUUCUUCAACUUUGUUCUGAAUGCAUUGUUCCAGGUGGGAUUGAGCAACAUGCACGAGGACCAAAAUUGGCUAGGCCUUCCGUUCUUCUUUGUCGGAGGCUGGUUCUUCAUGCUCUGUCGCGGUUUUCUAUCGGCUCACCCCAGAAAGCUCGACUACUUUGCUGGCUUGGGUCACACCUGGGAUGGACGAGACAUUGUUCUCCGCAACAUCGACGGACGCCCGACCUACAUCAUCGAGGGAAUCAACUCGGAGACUCUUCGCGGAACCCGCGGCGGUCUUGCCAACCCAGAGUAA